ACAGUGUAUUUAUCCAACAAUAUAACACCCAAACAAAUUCAACAAUUAGACAAAUUCAACAAUUAGCACCAAUCUUCUUCCCUCAUCAUCAUCAUCCACCAUAGCACUCCAACAAUGUCCUCUUCACCAUCACCAAUCUUCAUCAUCCUCAUCACCAUCCUCAUCCAUUUCCACCCCUCUUCCUCCACCUCAUCAUUCUCCCUCUCAGUAGAAAACCCAAAACAAAACACCAUACUCUCACCCAACCAAACAUUCACAGCAGGUUUUUACCCAGUAGGCCAAAAUGCUUACACCUUUGCUAUUUGGUUCACACAUAAACACAAACACCUUAACAGCAACAUCACAACCACCAUUAUUUGGAUGGCGAAUCGCGAUGAACCGGUUAACGGUAAACACUCAACACUUUCCCUUCUUAAAACUGGUAACCUUGUCUUAACAGAUGCAGCUCAAUCCAUUGUUUGGCAAACAAACACUGUCUCAUCAAAACCAUUAAAAUUACUUUUACAUGAAACUGGUAACCUUGUUCUUCAAGAACAAAACACAAACAGUUCAAUCAAUAACAAUGUUAUUAUUCUUUGGCAAAGCUUUGAUUUUCCAACAGAUACACUUUUACCAGACCAACCCUUAACAAGAUUCACCAAUCUUGUUUCUUCAAGAAGCGAAACAAAUUUUUCGUCGGGUUUUUAUAAACUUUUCUUUGAUAAUGAUAACAUUUUGAGACUUCUUUAUGAAGGUCCAAGUGUUUCAAGUAUUUAUUGGCCAGAUCCUUGGACUACUAGCAAUGGUGCUGUUGGUAGUGGUACAAGAUCAACUUUCAACAGUAGUAGAAUUGCUUUGUUGGAUUCAUUUGGUAGAUUUAGUUCUUCUGAUAAUUUUGUUUAUAAUAAUUCUGAUUAUGGAAGUUUUUUGCAACGUUUAAUUAGACUUGAUCAUGAUGGUAAUGUUCGCAUUUAUAGUCGAAAAGAUGAGGAACAAAGUUGGUUUGUUUCGGGUCAAUUUCGUCAACAACCUUGUUUCAUUCAUGGGAUUUGUGGACCCAAUAGUACUUGUAGUAAUGAUCCAUUAAAUGGUAGAAAGUGUUCUUGUCUACCUGGUUAUGUUUGGAUUAAUGAUAAAGAUAAUAGUCAAGGUUGUAGACCCAAUUUUCAGCUUUCUUGUAGUAACAAGAGUCAUGAUGAGUCAAGGUUUUUGGCUUUACCUCAUGUUGAUUUUUAUGGAUAUGAUUAUGGAUUCUUUCCUAAUAAAACUUACAAAGAAUGUGAGGAUUUGUGCUUGAGUUUGUGUGGUUGUGCAGGAUUUCAGUUUACUUUUAAUGCUGAUUAUGGUGGUAAUUUUUGGUGUUACCCGAAAAUUCAGUUACUUAAUGGCCAUCAUUCUCAGAGUUUUGUUGGAUCAUUCUACUUGAAAUUGCCGAAAAGUAGUGGUUUUGUUGAUGAGAUUAGGAUUCAAGAAAAUGGAAUGGGAAUGGUUUGUGAGAGGAAUGGAGUGGUAAAGCUUGAAAGAGAUUACAUGAAAAAGAAAGAAAAUGGUUCAUUGAAGUUCAUGCUUUGGUUUGCUGGUGGUUUCGGAGGUGUUGAGCUUUUGGGAUUUUUUCUGGUUUGGUUUUUCUUGUUUAGGAGUAGCAAAAAUUCUGGUGAAGAUCAUCAUGAUUAUGUUCUAGCAGCAACAGGGUUUAGGAAAUUCAGUUACUCUGAAUUGAAACAAGCUACAAAAGGUUUUAGUCAAGAGAUUGGAAGGGGUGCUGGAGGAUCUGUGUAUAAGGGUGUUUUAUCUGAUAAUCGAAUCGCUGCGAUAAAGCGUUUGCAUGAAGCAAAUCAAGGAGAGAGUGAGAGUGAGUUUCUUGCUGAAGUUAGCAUCAUUGGAAGGCUUAACCACAUGAAUUUGAUUGGUAUGUGGGGUUAUUGUGCAGAAGGAAAGCAUAGAUUGUUGGUUUAUGAGUACAUGGAAAAGGGUACUUUAGCCGAUAAUCUCUCAUCAAACGAACUUGAUUGGGGUAAGAGGUAUAACAUUGCUAUGGGAACCGCAAAGGGACUUGCUUAUUUACACGAAGAGUGUUUGGAAUGGAUUUUGCACUGCGAUAUAAAACCUCAAAACAUACUUGUUGACUCUGAUUACCAACCCAAGGUAGCGGAUUUUGGUCUCUCUAAACUGUUGAAUAGGGAUGACCUUGAUAAUUCAAAUUUCUCAAGGAUAAGAGGGACAAGAGGUUACAUGGCACCGGAAUGGGUUUUCAACUUGCAAAUCACUUCUAAAGUCGAUGUUUAUAGUUACGGAGUUGUGGUGUUGGAGAUGAUUACUGGAAAGAGUCCAACAACAGGUAUCCAAAUCAAAGAAGAGUUGUGUCAUGAGAGAUUGGUAACAUGGGUUAGGGAGAAAAAGAGAAAAGGAUUAGAAGUUGGUUGUUGGGUGGAACAAAUUGUUGAUCCUAAACUGGGAUCAAAUUAUGAUGUAAAGAAAAUGGAGACUCUGGCAAAUGUGGCUUUGGAUUGUGUAGCAGAUGAUAAAGAUGUUAGACCCACCAUGAGUCAAGUUGUUGAGAGGCUAUUAAGUGAUGAGCAUAAUUAUUAUUGAUGGUUUCCACAAUAAAUAGUCAUAUCUCAUGGGUAUAAAUUAUUCCACUGUUCUAAUUCCUGUUUUCUCUGUUAUGUACUUCUACAUGUAAUUUGAUUCAUGAAUUUAUUUUGAUUAGGAUAAUCUUUUCUUUUUUCAAGAGUUAAAUUUGUACCACAAUUUUGGUGGUUACAUUUACAUAAUUUAGUGUGUUUAAAAUGUGAUCAUAACUCAUAUCUGGGUCUAGUGCCAGUGGUUAAUGUGCAGUGUGUGAGUGUUGUAUACAAUAGGGUACCAAUUAAACUAUAUGAAAUAAGAUUUCUUAGUUUCUGAUA